AUGGCGGCCGUGAAGCUUCAAAUAGGCGUUGCAGGCCUCGGUCGGAUGGGCAAAAGGCACGCCCUUAAUUUUCUUCAAAACGUCCCACGUGCCUCCUUGGUUGCCGUCAGCACCCCCGACGCCGAUGAACGUCAAUGGGCAAAGGAAAACCUUGCUCCCCACGGCGUAACUGUGUAUGAAAAAUAUGCAGACCUUUUAUCACACCAGGGCCUCAUCGCCGUUUGCGUGGCCUCUGCUACUGCAGUACAUGCCGAGCAAGCUAUUGCUGCCAUUGCGGCAGGGAAACAUGUACUUUGUGAGAAGCCGCUCGGCAUAUCAGUCGACAUUUCUCAAACCGUCGUCGAUGCUGCAGCUGCUCGUCCAGACUUGAAAGUCAUGUGUGGCUUUUCCCGUCGCUUUGACGCCUCAUAUCGAGAUGCUUAUUCAAAGAUGCAAUCGGGAAUGAUUGGGCGACCAUCUGUGCUUCGAAGUCAGACCUGUGAUGUUCUGGACCCGUCCGGAUUUUUCGUUGCAUACGCCGAGUUCUCGGGUGGGAUUUUCGUCGACUGCAGUAUCCACGACAUCGACUUAGCGUUGUGGUUCUUUGGGGAUGAUGCCAAGGUCCGGUCAGUACAUGCAGUGGGAAUCACAGCGGUAGAGCCGGACCUGCGUAAGUAUAACGAUCGCGACAAUGCGGUUGGUGUCGUAGAGUUUAACGACGGCCGGAUCGCUUACCUCUAUGCCUCUCGCAUGAUGGCUGCUGGCCAAGAGGACGCAACAGAGAUCAUUGGGACCAAGGGUAAACUGACGGUGAACAUGGUUCCGACUGAGAACCAUGUACGGAUCUACCAGCCAGGAGGGAUCCGACAUGAGCUACCUCAGAACUAUUGGGGUAGAUUCCGCGCUGCUUUUACUACGGAGGCCAUUGAGUUUACAGACUCUGUGUUGAAUGAUACCCCAGUGCCUGUCAAGUUGGAAUCCGCGGUCACAGCUGUACGGAUAGGUGCAGCAUUGCAAAAGUCGAUGAUUACAGGGGAAAAGAUCGUGUUUGAUGAAUCUGGCUCAGAAGGUGACAGGGCUCGGCUGUAA